AUGCACAUGAUUCACUCCCUCCUCCUCUGCCUAACGGCAUUCCUCCUGGCUGCCCAGGCCCAAGUCAACCCCUGGGAAGCCAGACACGGCCUCACCGCGGCGGCCUACCAACAAGAGUUCAACGACCUCACCAGCAAGGGCUACCGUCUCAACUGGUUGAGCGGAUACGCCCUGGACGACGUGCCGCAUUUCGCCGCCAUCUUCGAGAAGAAGUCGAGCCCUGCAUGGGUCGCCCGGCACGGUUUGACCGCCCAACAGUACCAGGACGCAUUCACCCAGUACGUCUCGCAGGGCUUCAACCUCGUGCUCGUCAACGGCUACAACGUGGCCGGCGUCGACUACUACGCCGCCAUCUGGGACAAGGCAGCCACCGGCGCCUGGCUGGCCCGCCAUGGCAUGACCGCCGCCGACUACCAAUCGGCUUUCGACACCAACAGCAAGGCCGGGUACCGGCUCGUCCAUGUCAGCGGCUACUCGGUCAAAAACGACGCUCGCUACGCGGCCAUCUGGCGCAAGACCAACGACAACAUCCCCUGGGUGGCCCGGCACGGCAUGACUGGCAGCGACUACCAGAGCGCGUUCAACACGUACGCGAACCAGGGCUACCGCCUCGUCCUCGUCAACGGGUACCAGGUUGGCGGGACCGACUACUACGUGGCCAUCUGGGAUAAGGCCCCGGGAGCGGCUCCGUGGGUGGCCCGCCACGGGCUGACGAGCAGCCAGUUCCAGGCUGAGUUUGACAACAACCUGUACCAGGGGUACGUGCCCACUGUCGUCAGCGGGUACAACCAGGCGGGGCACUACGCGGCGGUGUGGGAGAACCGCGCCAUGAAGGGCUCUGACCUGUCCAAGCUGGACGCCGGCAUCGGCGCAUACAUGGCCAAGUACAAGGUCCCCGGUCUGUCUCUGGCGGUGACGCAAAACGACCGGCUCGUCUUCGCCAAGGGCUACGGCUUCGCGGACACGGCGUCGGGCACCAUCGCGACGCCCAACAGCCGGUUCCGCAUCAUGAGCAUCUCCAAAUCCAUCACGGCCACGGCCGUCAUGAAGCUCCGCGACGCCGGCAAGUUCAAGCUCACCGACAAGGUGUUCGGCCCCGGGUCGGUCACGGGCGACACGUACGCCGACAAGAUGCCGCUCGUCAACAACAAGCGCCAGUACCCCGCCGGGCUCACCGACAUCCGCGUGCAGGACCUGCUCGAGCACCAGGCCGGGUUUGGGCCCGAGCACGACCCCGAGGGCGCCCUCAAGACGCUGACCCCCGCGCAGGCCGUCAGCAAGAUCCUCGCCGCCGUGCCGCUCAACUACACGGUCGGCACGCAGUGGGCCUACUCCAACUUCGGGUUCCUCGUGCUCGGCCGGCUGGUCGCGGACCUCGGCGGCGCGGGCGACUACGAGACGUACGUGCGGAGUCAGAUCCUCGCCCCCGCCGGCGCGGCAGGCAUGCAGCUGGCCAGCAACGCCGGCGCGCUCCCCGGCGAGGCCAGCUACUACCCCGCCGGCGCGUCGGGGUCGUUCCGCAUCCAUGAGUUCGACAGCUUCGGCGGCUGGGUCGCCACCAUGCCGGACCUCGCGCGGUGGUACACGCGCUUUGACGGGCUGCCGGGGCGGCCCGACGCGCUUGAUGCAGCCACGGAAACGGAGAUGUGGACGCCCGGCAGCAAGAGCGGCGGCGGGUAUGCCAAGGGCUGGAUCGUCAACGGUGGCGCGGCUGGCGGUGCCCCGGGCGGCUGGCGCGGGCAUAAUGGUGCCUUUGGCGGAACGAGCUCCUUCUUCUCGCAGCGCACUGAUGGCACCGGGCUCGGGUUUGCUGUCGUCAUGAACAUCAACUCGGGGAACUUGCAGGUCGGGGACGGCUUCAGCUUCGAACUCCGCGGGGUUGUGGAUGGGAUCAUCGGUGGAGUCGCCUGGCCGGCCUAUGACUUGUUUUAA